CAGGUAUCACAGAUGGCAAAGAAAACAGGUUUUUUGCUCCAAGUGAGUCCUAAAAGACUGCUCAUCUAGAACUCUGGAGUGUGGAUGAUUACCUCGCCCUAGGCACAUGAAGCCUUUUGGGAAGGCUUUCAAGAGGAGGAGCUAGUAGACUGCUCUGAAGUUGAUAAAAGCCUCUCUGAGAAAAAGAGCAGGACCUGGAGGACCUGUGAUAGGGAACAACUGUUUUCAGAUACCUGCAUUAAAUCUCAGCUGUUCUUUUCUGCCAGCCGCUUCAGAGCAGAAGAUUAGCAGACAUGUCCAUAGCACUCAAGCAAGUCUUUAAUAAAGAUAAGACUUUCCGCCCAAAACGCAAGUUUGAACCUGGAACCCAGAGGUUUGAACUUCACAAACGAGCACAAGCCUCUCUGAACUCAGGUGUAGACUUGAAAGCAGCUGUGCAGUUGCCCAGUGGAGAAGACCAAAAUGACUGGGUGGCUGUCCAUGUUGUUGACUUCUUCAAUAGGAUCAAUCUCAUUUAUGGAACUAUCUGUGAGUUCUGCACAGAGAGGACCUGCCCAGUGAUGUCUGGAGGCCCUAAAUAUGAGUACCGGUGGCAGGAUGACAUGAAGUACAAGAAGCCUACCGCAUUGCCAGCACCCCAGUAUAUGAAUCUUCUCAUGGACUGGAUCGAGGUGCAAAUCAACAAUGAGAAUAUAUUUCCUACAAGUGUAGGUGUUCCCUUUCCAAAGAACUUCCUUCAGAUCUGCAAGAAGAUACUCUGCCGGCUUUUUCGUGUGUUUGUUCAUGUCUACAUCCACCACUUUGACCGUAUCAUCCUCAUGGGGGCUGAGGCUCACAUCAAUACCUGUUACAAGCAUUUUUAUUACUUUGUGACAGAACUCAACCUCAUAGACCGCAAAGAACUAGAGCCUUUGAAAGAGAUGACAACCAGGAUGUGUCACUAAAAAGCUACCCACUGAAGAAAAGCAAAGUCCAAUUUCCUUCUUACUACAGAGUUCAAGAAUGUGACAGCCCUCAUGGGCUGAGCCUGCUUGUUAAUCCAUGAAAGCAGGAAAGUUGGGAACCACAGUUACUUUCACAAAUUUUUCCCACCACCAUCAGUGUUGUUAACCCUGAAUAUGCUGCUAGGAAUAUUGUCUGAGCAACAUGGAUUAUGGAAAGAAGAAUCAAUUUCAUCUUAGUUCUAGCUCCUUCGUUAAGGAUGAGAACCAUUUCAGCCAUGAAUGAGAGACUGUGCUCCUGCUGCUAAAGCUAAAGCUUUAUUCAGGUCCCUGGGCUGACCUCCAGAUUUUUGUUUUGAAACAAAACUGUAUUGUUAGCUAAAAUGUUGUUUUCUUUUUCUUUUGUUUCUUGGUAUGUGCUUUGUUUCCUAAGUGCAGCAAAAUAUUAAGACGAUCUGGAAUCACAGAAGACUUUUAGCCUUUAACGACUCCCACCCCUCACCAGGCCACUGAAGGCUUGGCCAUAAUUCCCAAAUGCCAUCGAGCCUUAUGUUUCCAGGAGCACAGCCCUGUCCUUCAGCUGAUCAGGCAGUUUGUGCUUGACGGUGACUCAUAAUUGGGUGACAAGGGGACAGUUUCUGAUCUCAAUUACAUGAGCAGGAAUACAGAUAUGGCUCUGCAGUGUUGGUAUUUUCUUUGAAUUCGUACCAGACACCAAUUCAUGACUGACAGCAAAUCUGCUUAGUAUCUCUACUUUACAUAAAAAAGCAGCUAUAGUCAGCAUUUUCACGAAGUACCCUAUGAAGUACACCAAUCUGUCAUAUAAUUUGAUAUCCUCCCGUCUCCUCCAAAAAGGAUCCCUCUAAUUCACCUUAAAGUUUCAUCUUUUCAGGGAAAAAGAAAUUUAAUUUUAGUAACUGGGAGGGAGAUGUGGUAAAAAUUAGUAGUAUAAAGGUUAGAGUAGGAGGGACUGAGUGAAGGCCUCUAUUGCAUCUAAACAGUGUCCAGCAGUGUGGUUUGCUUUCUGCACUGGACUAACACAAAAUUUUUUUCCGGUACUCAGUCCAACUUAACUAACCCAUAUAUAUGGGUAGCCUGGAAAAUCAAGUCUUCUAU